CCUUCUCGCCCGUGACACGGUGACAGCAAACAAAAUCCUUCGCUCGCAAAUCUCGUCGUCGUCGUCUUCUCCCCGCCAUUCGACUUGGGUCAAAGGUGCAAACUGCUCUUUUUCAACCGUUUUCAAGAAGGAAAAUAGAAAACCAGAAAGGUUGAGAAAGAUAGAGAAGCCUCCGAAGAAGUCAGAAAAGAAGAUCUUCGUUCCCAUUGCUAUUUCCUCUUCCCUUCCUUCCUCCUCCUCCUCUCUCUCUCUCCCUCUCUCUCUCUAUCUGCGUUGGGCCGUUGAGGAAGGAGAGGAGAAGGGGGAGAGUGGUUGUUCUCUUCAGGUUUUGGGGAAGAAACAGAAAGUUGGUUACUUUGCGUCGGCAUUUUGGGGAAAAAGGACGGAGUUUGGAGAAAAACGAAAAUGAAUGUGAUUCGGAGGUUUAAGAGCUUCACAUUCAGCCGCGGCAAUGCUGGCGGUGAUUCUAACACAAAGAAAGGGAAGGGCGACAAGAAAACGACAAAAAAGUCUUCUGAAGUUGAAGACAAAGCAAUGCCCGUGAAACAAAGUGCAAUUUCAAAAUAUUUGAAGUCUACUACAAGCUCAUCCAAUUCUGGCACUUCGAACGAAAAUGCUAAGGUGGAUAUCGAAAAGCUUCCGAAGAAAUUGUAUGCUAUGAAGAUUAGAGAUGAUGAGCUAAAUGAUAAGGAAGUGGAAGGUAGAAUCUUGAAAGGGAAUGGAAUUGAGGCUGGUCAGAUAAUUGCAGCAACAAUUGAUGGUCAGGAUGGUCAGCCAAAACAGGCAGUCUCCUACAUGGUGGAACGUGUGGUUGGCACCGGUUCGUUCGGUGUUGUCUUUCAAGCCAAGUGUAUAGAAACAUCUAAAACGGUCGCCAUCAAGAAGGUGCUUCAAGAUAAGAGAUAUAAGAAUAGGGAGUUACAGAUAAUGCAAAUGGUUGAUCAUCCUAAUGUCGUUCGGCUAUAUCAACACUUCUUUUCAACAACCGAAAAAGAUGAACUAUACUUGAAUCUUGUUUUAGAAUACGUUCCUGAAACUGUUUAUCGCAUGUCAAGACAUUAUUUACGGAUAAACCAACACAUGCCUUUGAUCUAUAUUCGACUUUAUUUGUACCAGAUGUGUCGUGCACUUGCUUAUAUUCAUGGUGUCGUGGGGGUAUGCCAUCGUGAUAUUAAGCCCCAAAAUUUGUUGGUCAAUCCUCACACUCAUCAGCUAAAGCUUUGUGAUUUUGGUAGUGCCAAAAAAUUGGUUCAAGGUGAGCCUAAUAUUUCGUACAUUUGCUCACGUUACUAUCGUGCUCCUGAGCUCAUAUUUGGAGCAACAGAAUAUAGCACUGCGAUCGACAUGUGGUCUGCCGGCUGUGUGUUGGCCGAGCUUCUCUCAGGACAGCCUUUGUUUCCUGGGGACAGUGGUGUUGAUCAGCUGGUGGAGAUUAUUAAGGUUUUAGGAACACCAACAAGGGAAGAAAUUAAAUGCAUGAAUCCAAACUACACAGAGUUCAAAUUUCCUCAAAUUAAAGCUCAUCCAUGGAACAAGGUCUUCAGUAAAAGAAUACCUCCUGAGGCUGUGGAUUUCAUCUCGAAGCUGCUCCAAUACUCGCCGAAGUCGAGAUUAAUGGCCUUAGAGGCCUGUGCUCAUCCCUUCUUUGAUGAAUUGAGAGACCCAAACUCGUCCCUCCCCGACGGCCGGCCGCUGCCGCCUCUGUUCAACUUUACCGACCAAGAGCUCGCCGCCGCUUCUCCAGAACUGAUUCAGCGCUUAAUUCCA